AUGGAUUCUACUUCUCCAAGAGUUUCAUUUGGUUAUAAAGGCGUUCCUCGGGUGGUUCCUAUAGUUUUGGUUGAAAGGUCUUGGUUGGAAUCCUUGACCUCCAACAUAGUUCAACUCUUCUUGUGGCUCCUCAUACCCUUCAACACCAAAGUCUUGGUACCCUUGAUAUCCACCAUACUCUUCACAAGAGUUUACCGUCAUCUUUUGGUCACGCUUCAAUAUCUUAUCCAUUUUUGCAUUCAGCUCUUGGAUGGCAUGAUGAGAUUCAUCAUUGUUUUUCCUUGUAGUCCGAUCAUAAUCCGAGCCAUUACUCCCAUUGCUUUGUGCGAGAUUCUCUACCAAAGUAUAAGUAUCGGCUUCCUCAAUUGUUUGACUCAUGAAGCUUCUCGUAGACACCAGAGCUCUGGCGUUCCUCGAAGUCACAUCUCUCGCCCAAGUUCGGCGGACUCAAUCGCACCCUUCCUUCGUCGUAUAGAAGAUAGUUACGAUCGUUGA